AUGGCCACCACAACAGAGACCUCGACGGCCUCUGAGACCGACAUGGCCCAGGUCAAGGUCAUUUUCACCACCACAGAUGAGGACAUUCAAUUGCCGGAGAGCAAAAGGCAAUUGCUUGUCCCAGCAGAUAUCCGAAGAUAUGGCCUCUCUCGCAUCCUCAACUCCGAGUCCAUGCUCGAUACGACCUCCCCCAUACCAUUUGAUUUCCUCGUGAACGGCACAUUUCUCCGAUCCACCAUUGAAGACUACCUGAAUGAAAACGGAUUGUCGCAAGAAGCAAGCGUGACACUUCAGUACGUUCGCAGUCUGAUCCCGCCCGUCUACGAAGCUAGCUUUGAGCAUGAUGACUGGGUGAGCUCGGUGGACGUCCUUUCGCAGACCUCAGCCGCCGGUCGCUGGUCGGGUGAGAGCUUUGUAGCGGGACAGGACCGGAUAUUGUCAGGAUCCUACGAUGGGCUCUUGAGGAUAUGGAACAGCUCUGGCCAGGUGAUCGCAACCUCGCCGUCGGGAAGUCUAGGAGGGCACAGUUCAAGCAUCAAGGCUGCCAAGUUCUUGUCUUCGACACAGAUCGCCUCUGCCGGUCUGGAUAGAACGGUGCGCGUGUGGAAAUACACCGAGAGCGAUGACUUCUCGGGCGAUUUCAAGCCGACUCUCGAGCUCUAUGGUCACAAGGGGAGCAUUGAUUCCGUUGAAGUAGACGGCAGCUCAAAGCGCAUCCUUACAGCUUCUGCAGACGGAAGCAUUGGCCUCUGGACGACCUCGAAAGCAUCAGCGCCGGCCGCCCCGACAGAACUUCUACCGGGUACUCAUGCGACCAAGCGCAGGAAGCUCACCAGCUCCGUCUCCACACCCCAGAGGGGUGCGCUCGCCUUGAUGCCAGUUCAUAAUGCGCCUGCCAGCGCUGCGAUCUUCGACCCAAGGGACAGGACAGUCGGGUACUCAGUCUCCCAAGACCACACGUUGCGCACCCUCGACCUUACGACCAGUGCCGUCGUCAAUACCUUAACCACCUCCAAUCCUCUUCUCUCCCUGUGCGCUCUGCCCCGAAUUUCUAGCCCGCUUUUAGCAGCCGGGACGUCCGCUCGAAAUGUCACAAUCGUCGAUCCACGGGCAUCAGCUACAACGACAUCCGUAAUGACCCUACGAGGCCACGUCAACAAAGUCGUUAGUUUGGCCCCAUCACCCGACAAUGACUACUCUUUGGUCUCGGCUUCACACGACGGGACAUGCCGGAUUUGGGAUUUGCGGAGUGUACGGCCGGCCGGAAAGGACGAGGGUGGUGUCGGCAGCGUGAGCGAGGCAGUGUAUGCUAUUGAGAGGGAGAGCAGGGAAGGGAAGAAGAAGACCGUCGCAGGCGAGGGAUGCAAAGUCUUCAGUGUUGUCUGGGACAAGCAGUGGGGAAUUGUGAGCGGUGGCGAGGACAAGAGGGUGCAGAUAAAUAGGGCGCGAGACAUCAUUGCAUCUUGA